AUGGGUUGCUCGGAGUCGAAGGUGGAGAAGCAGGAGGCCGUGGCGCUAUGCCGCGCCCGGACUGACCUCCUGGAGGCCGCCAUUCACCACCGAGCCGCCCUCGCCGACGCCCACGCCGCCUACUCUGACUCCCUCCUCUCCGUCUCCGCCGCCCUCCACCGCCUCCUCGUUCUCCUCCUCCCCCCUUCCUACUCCUCCUCCCCCGCCUCCCCUGUUCUCCCACCCCCCGUCUGCCGCAAGCCCGAGCCUUGCCCCCCGCCUUCGCUGGUGUCCUCCGGCCGCCACUCGCACCAGGACUCCCGCGUCAGCUUCCUUCCGGCCGACUCCUGCUACAAUGGCGACGACGGUACCCCGUUCUACUCCUGCGGCUCUUCUCCUGUCGACCACCUCGACCACCGCAAAACGGUUCCCAGCCAACGCGGCUUCGGCAGCAUCCACUACGCCCGCAGCCGACCUCCGCCGCCCUCCGUCGUCUUUGAGCGGCCACCGCAGAGCUACCAGACCGUCCAAGUUGGCUCCUUUGAGCCUUACGCCGAUUUCCCUGGAUAUUACGGCUCUCUGGGUGGAUCCUUUGGCCCGCCGGCGAUGCCGCCGCCUAGGACGAUGGCGUCAUCGGCAUUAGGCAAGUCUUACUCCUCGAGGGCAACGCCGCCGCCCCCUUCGCCCCCGAGAACCUCCACCUGGGACUUGUUGAACCUUUUCGAGACUGACAAUAACUCCUAUUAUCGUCAUACCCCUAGCCCGAACUACCAAAAGUUGAGGGAUGAGGAAGGGAUCCCCGACCUCGAAGAGGAAGAUCAGCAGGUAAGAAUGGAGGCGUACAGAGAGUACGUCGAGGAAGGCUCAAAGAAUGACCAUUCAAGGCCACCGGCUUCUGAGGUUGCCGAUAAGAAUGUGGUGGCUGACGAGGUUCAGAAACGACGGGACGAACAGCGGAAUGUGGCAUCUCCGAAGAAGUUUCUGAGAGAUUCGGCGGUUGCUCGUGCAAUUAAGACCCAGUUUGAAAGGUUAUCCCAGUGCGCCAGAGAGCUUUCCGAAUUGCUAGAGAUAAGGGAUCACCAUUACCACCCUGCGCAUUCUCUGUACGAAGAUGAUAAGGCAAUGGGUUAUAGAAGUCUUGCUUCCACAUUACGGACUCUGUACAAUUGGGAGAGGAAGCUAUACCAUGAAGUGAGGGCUGAGGAAAAAAUGCGCCUGCAACUUAAUAAGAGCCAUAAGGAGUUGACAAACCUUGUCAAAAGUGGUGGCAACCCUCACAAGAUUGAUUCCACCGAAAAAUUGAUUAAUAAUUUUUCUACAAAAAUAGGAAUAGCCAUUCAGGUGGUCGAGUCAAUUUCAGGAAAGAUAAAUAAACUGAGGAAUGAAGAAUUGUGGCCACAGAUAACUGAACUUAUUCUAAGGUUAAUAAGGAUGUGGAAUGUUAUGCUUGAGUGCCAUCAUAUGCAGUGUCUUGCCAUAUCAGAAGCUAAAAGAUCAGAUCUAGAUAUCUCUAGUGGAAAGCUCAGCGAUGAUCAUGCUGAUGAAACGAUGCAGUUGGAAAUGGAGAUACUUAAAUGGAUCAGCAACUUUUCUGCCUGGGUUAAUGCUCAGAGGAACUAUGUCAAAGCCUUAAAUGGAUGGCUUCUACUUUAUCUUCAUCAUGAGCCUGAAGAAACAGCGGACGGGGUCACUCCCUAUUCUCCCAGAAGGAUCGGUGCUCCACUUGUUUUCAUCGUCGGUAACUGCUGGUCACAGGCUAUGGACUGGAAUUCCGAGAGGGAGGUGCUUGACGCAAUGCAGGCUUCAGCUGCUGCGAUACACGACCUGUGGGAGCAGCAAAACAUUGAACCGAAUGAACGGACGAUAGCAAUUAGAGAUAGGGACACAUGGCUUAGAGCUCUAAAACAGAAGUCCAAAAAUAUUCACAGGGAAAUCGAUUCUCUAAAAAAGAAGCUGGCAAUCGUGCCUGGCCAUUCUGGUCUCCCCGUUUAUCAAUGGCCAUUUAAAGGCCAUACAGCAAGAUUAAGCAGUGUGCAGCUCAGCUUGGAAAUGAUCUUUGAGGCCAUGAAAGACUUCUCAGCUAGUUCGGUGAAAGCUUAUGGGGAACUACUCCAGCAUUGUGGAGAACAGAGGAUUGCUAGAGAGAAUGUAAAAGCUCCCUUUGACUCUCGAUGUCUUCCAGCAACUUGCAUGGAGGACAUAAUUGGCCAAAAGGUGUUCACCACAUUUGGGUUUGAUUAA